AUGCGUGAGUGUAUUUCUAUCCACGUUGGUCAGGCUGGUGUCCAAAUCGGUAACGCCUGCUGGGAACUUUACUGUCUUGAGCACGGUAUUCAACCUGAUGGACAAAUGCCUACAGACAAAUCUGUUGGAGUCUGUGACGAUUCCUUCAACACUUUCUUCUCUGAAACAGGCGCUGGUAAACAUGUUCCUCGUACUGUUUUCGUUGAUUUAGAACCAACUGUAGUCGAUGAAGUUCGUACCGGUACCUACCGUCAAUUAUUCCAUCCCGAACAAUUAAUCACUGGCAAAGAAGAUGCCGCCAACAAUUAUGCACGUGGUCAUUAUACUAUUGGUAAAGAAAUUGUUGAUCUUGUCCUUGAUCGUAUUAGAAAACUCGCGGACAAUUGUACUGGUCUCCAAGGUUUCUUGGUAUUCCAUUCAUUCGGGGGUGGUACUGGUUCAGGUUUUGGUGCUUUGCUCUUAGAACGUCUCUCUGUUGAUUAUGGAAAGAAAUCCAAAUUAGAAUUCUCUGUCUACCCCGCACCACAAGUUUCAACUGCAGUUGUUGAGCCUUAUAACUCUAUCUUAACUACUCAUACUACUUUGGAACAUUCUGAUUGUGCCUUCAUGGUUGACAAUGAGGCCAUCUAUGACAUUUGCCGUCGUAAUCUUGACAUCGAGCGCCCCACUUAUACCAAUUUGAACAGAUUGAUUGCUCAAGUAGUAUCUUCUAUUACUGCAUCCCUCCGUUUUGACGGGUCUCUCAACGUGGAUUUAACUGAAUUCCAAACAAAUCUGGUCCCAUAUCCUCGAAUCCAUUUCCCAUUGGUCACCUAUGCACCUGUAAUUUCAGCCGAAAAAGCUUAUCAUGAACAACUAACCGUGGCCGAGAUCACUUAUUCUUGUUUUGAACCAAACAACCAAAUGGUUAAAUGUGAUCCUCGACAUGGUAAAUAUAUGGCAUGUUGUUUGUUAUACCGUGGUGACGUCGUGCCUAAGGAUGUUAAUGCUGCUAUCGCCACGAUCAAGACCAAGCGUACUAUCCAAUUUGUUGAUUGGUGUCCUACUGGUUUUAAAGUUGGUAUUAAUUAUCAACCCCCAACUGUGGUUCCUGGUGGUGAUCUCGCAAAAGUUCAACGCGCUGUUUGCAUGUUAUCCAAUACAACGGCCAUUGCUGAAGCCUGGGCUCGUCUUGACCACAAAUUUGAUUUAAUGUAUGCCAAACGUGCUUUCGUUCAUUGGUACGUCGGUGAAGGUAUGGAAGAAGGUGAAUUCUCUGAAGCACGUGAAGAUUUGGCCGCAUUGGAGAAAGAUUACGAGGAAGUGGGCACCGAUUCUCUUGAAAAUGAGGAAGAGGAAGCCGAAGAAUAUUAA